CUUCAUAUCGCUUUGACGCUUUACAAGAAGGGAGGAAUUAAGCGUUUUUGUGACUAAUAAAUUUUUCAAGUGACUGCCACCUUGACACCCAAACAACUACAAAUUUGGUAAACAGAUUUUUGAAAGCUACCAGAUGAUUCUUCAGACACUUUCACAGACAUAUGCUAAUUUUGCUAAGAGCUUGUCCAGGAUUUUGCUGUUGUUUUUCCGUGUUGCAUGGCAGUCCAAAUUUUGCUUACCGUAUCUGCUGACCAGCUCAUUCCUAGCGCUGGAUGUGAGAGUGAGAGUCGAGAUCCAGAUUCACAUGUAACCAUGUGACUCGCUCCAAUAAUAAUUUAACCAAAUUCCGUCCAAACAUCUGUGAUAUUUUAUGUACAUAAUCAUCAUUAUAUAACGCCAUGAGUCGAGGUGUGCGAGACUUGAGGGAAUUGAUAUGUGUCUCCAGACUGACAGUGAGAGACAGUGAUGAAGAAAUAUUUUCUGAUGAAGAAGUUGUAAUAAAAGACUUAGAUGCACUUUCUGUCAGUAGUGCAAGUUCUGUAGAUAGUUCAAAACGUGCACAGUCUGUUGAACGCCAUGUUUCCCCCGAUUCAGGGUGCGUAACAAAUAGCAGCACACCACCAGAAACUGCAGUAGAGACAGAUGCCAUCCCAAAAAGAACAAAACCGAAAAAGAGGAAAAAAAGAGACAAGAAGCAAGCGCACGUGCUGGACAUUAUUCCCGGGACUUAUGAUCUGCCAAAAGCAGAAGUGUUACCGCCAGUAGCUUCCACUUCUUAUGGUUCCAUAAUUUCUGAAAGUCAAGAUGUUGAUGAAGUGUCUUCACCAGUUGUUGACAAGAGAGUAAAAGCUAGCACUACAAACUUUGACGACAUGAUGUGCUACAUCGACGCCACUGUGGUGUCCAGCUGGCUGAGUCGUGCUAAUGGAAAUGUUCACAAUUUAAGUGAUUUUUGUCAGAAUUCCGAAAAAUUUGUACAGUUUGCUCAUUUUUGGUUGUCAGACUUUCCAGAUCAACAGAAAAAUGAAAUUUUUGAACUGGAAUAUGAGAUUAUUGUGGAAGAGGCCAACUUUGCUUUUACUGUUGGACGAGAGCAGAGGAAGAUUACAAAUCGGGACAUACUCGGUCUAAUAUCUGCUCUCUUUAGAGAGUAUCCUGGAAUGCUACUAAGUAGUAAAGGGCCGUAUUUGUUUCUGGACUACUUGGAUGUAUUGUCAUCCGACAAACAGACAAGCUACAAGCGUGUGCUGUCUGAUGUGAAGUGUUCAACGCGCAACAAACAGUAUGCACAAUGGAUACUGGCCAUGAGGUCCUUCACACUGCUAAGCGUGUGGACGGCUGUUGUAAAUUUUUAUCGCAAUUUGAAAAGAGACGUUUCACCAAGUCAAGACCACUCACUUCUCUCCUCAUCAUCGAAGGAAUCUGUGCACCAUCAGAGAGUGGUUCAAGCCAUCCGACUCGGAUUUGUGGAUGUCCUACAUUACUACAUCACAACUGCUCUUGUAAAUCCGCAUUAUAAAGAUAGUCAUAACAGAACCUACAUCUUUACUGCAGUGAUGUACAACCAACCCAACAUUCUGCACUACUUGAUCAACAGGGUGAAGCCACCGAUUGAUGUGAACUGUGCCGCUGAUACAGGAAACACCCCACUCCAUGCUGCAGCCAACAACGGCAAUGUCAACUUAGUGACCAUACUGCUACAGAAUCCACGGAUCGAUAUCAACAGCAAAAACCACCAGUGUGAGGAUGCCACACCCCUCCAUCUGGCUAUCAUGCUAGGAAACAGCGAAGUGGUGGAAAAACUUCUGAAAAUGGGAGCAAACAUGGACUUGAAAAUGGGAGAUCUGUCUGCUUGUGACAUUGCCAGAGACUUUGGACAUGCAGAACUGUUGCCAUUAUUGAAAUCUUAAACAAAAUUUGGCUUUUCAUGUGUUCUUUCAGUUAAAAAAAAUCUCCGAGACUCAGAAAAUUUUGUAUAUUUUAAAAACUUGAUGUAAUCUAUCUGUCAGUUCAUUUUCAGUUGUCAAAGGAAAGUUAAGUGAAUUUAUGGAACAAGAAAUGAUGCUGUUAAUGCUGAAUUCAAAACUUUGUCACAGAAUCUCCUUAUAUAAUGCACCAUCAUCUGUGUGAAAGAGUGUCACUUUUAUUUAGCGAUAAUAAAUAAAAAACAUAUUGGAAUGCUUA